CACGCGAUGGCCGAGAAGGCGACAACGUACUACGACGUGCUCGAGGUGCCCGAGACCGCGACCGAGGCCGAGAUCAAGCUCGCGUACCGCAAGCUCGCGAUCAAGUGGCAUCCGGAUAAGAACAAGGAGCCAUGCGCCGAAGACCGCUUCAAGAAGAUCGGCGAGGCGUACGCGGUCCUGAGCGAUCCGGCCAAGCGGCAAGAGUACGACCAUGGCCGCAAGUAUGGCCGCAGCGCCGGCUUUGGCUACCACGAAGCAUCUGCGUUCCAGCCGUUCAGUUUCUUUGACGCACGCGACCUCUUCCAAGCCUUCUUUGGCGGCCGCGAUCCGUUCAUGAUGGACGCCCGCGCCCGGUCGCGCUCGACGACGACGCAGCGCGAUCCGUUUGGCUUUGGCGGUCUCGGGAUGAUGAUGAUGGACAUGGACGACCUGAUGAUGGGCGGCUUUGGUGGCGGUAGUAGCAGCAUCCUCUCGAUGAGCUCUGGGUUGGGAGGCGGCGGCUUCACGAGCAGCUCCAGUAGCACGUCCAUGUUCCGCGACCAUACGGGUCAGACCGUGACGAAGAAGACGACGUCGAUCCAGCACCCCGACGGCCGUGUCGAGAGCAAAGUCGAAGAGUACGUCAACGGGAAGCUCACCAAGUCGUCUUCCAACAGCUCGACCGCCGGCAGCAGUCGGCUCGUGGGCGCAGGCCGCAUGCACCUCGAGGACCGCGUCCCGUCGUCGUCGUCGGCCCGCCGCCACACGAGCAGAUAUGCAUAAAUCCAAGCCACCGUAAUA